AUGUCCCUCAAACUUUUUCCCUUCCUCCUCUCCUCCUUCGCCAUCCUCCAACUCUCCAUCUCCGGCGACCCCGACAUCCUCCCCCUGCCGCCACCAAACCCAACCAACAACAACAACAACAACAUCACCGGAGAUCACUUCACGUUCACCGGAAUCCGCCCGCUCUUCCACCAGCGGCCCACCACCCUCACGAUCUCCACCGCGACCCUCGCCGAGUUCCCGUCCCUCGCCGGCCAGGGCGUCUCCUACGCCGUCCUCCAGUUCCCUUCCGGCGCCGCCAACCCUCCCCACACCCACCCACGCGCCUCCGAGCUCCUCCUCGUGGCACGCGGCGUCCUCGAGGUCGGCUUCGUCGACACGGCCAACAACCUCUACGCGCAGCGGCGGCUGCGGUCGGGGGACGCGUUCGUUUUCCCCAAGGGUUUGGUUCAUUUUCAGAGGAAUGUCGGGAGGAAGACCGCCGUCGCGUUCUCGGCGUUUGGGAGUGCGAGUGGUGGUGGCAUGAUUUCGAUUCCGGCGGCGGUUUUUGCGUCUGGGAUUGAUGAUGACGUGCUGGCGAGAGGGUUUAGGACGGAUGAGGAUACGGUUCGAGGGAUCAAGGCUGGUGUUAUGGGGUAUAGCAGAUGA